AACCAAUCAUCCAGUAGAGGAAUCGUUAGAAAAAAGUAAUGGGUUUGCUUCAAAGCCACCCGAAUCUCACUCGUUUCGUGCCCUCCUCAUGCUCACAUUGCAUCUUCCUCCACCUGAAUUUAAUAUUACACAUCUCUACUGUUUUCUCUAUAUCAUAAUACUAUAUAUAUACCAAGCUUGGUAACAGAACACUACUAAAACCAACCAAAUUCACAAGAGGGUUCUUGUUUUUUUGCUAUAAUUGUCUUUUACUCUGAAUCAUAACAACCAGUACUAUUCAUAAAACCUUUGGUAUCUCUACACAACAGAAUUUCUCUGUUUUUCUUCACCUCUUGGGUUUGUUGUUCUGUACAGAAGAUGAUGAUGGAGGUUCCGGAGGAAGUUGUACCGUGUAAAGAUCACUUGGGAAUUAUGAAGGGGAAGCGCACCAAGCGUCCAAGGCCUCUGACUCCGCUCACUUUGGCCAUGUCUUCGAGUUCUUGCAGUGGUGAGGAAAGUGGAGGCGAAUUGGGUUGUGUUGACCGUGCAGCUGUGUCAUCAUCGCCGGUAACGUCAGGUGAGUUAGCGGAGAGCACGGAGGAGGAGGAAGACAUGGCCAAUUGUUUGAUACUUCUGGCUCAAGGAAGAACGAGAAAAACAGAACGGCCGACUGCCGUAGCAGGGUACGUUUACCAGUGCAAGACGUGUAACCGGUGCUUCCAGUCGUUCCAAGCGCUUGGAGGACACAGAGCGAGUCACAAGAAACCGAAGGUAAUUGCCAACGAGGAGAAGGCAGGGUUGAAAUUCGGGGAAGAGGAGGAUGAUCGAUUGCAGUUGAACAUGAGCACAACCCUUUCGCUGCAAAUUGCAAACAGGGCUUUAUGCAACAGUUCCGGAAGAUCAAACAAGGUCCACGAAUGCUCAAUCUGCGGCGCCGAGUUCUCCUCUGGUCAAGCUCUGGGAGGACACAUGCGGCGGCACAGGACGUUUGCCAACCCGACAACGGCCGUAGCCUCGAGUGCUGGUACAAGUAGUCCUGAAUCACAAGUUUCAAAGAAAUCCAGAAAUCUUCUGCAACUGGAUCUCAAUCUUCCUGCCCCAGAAGAGGAAUCAAAAUUUUCAUUUGGGUCCAACGAAAAUUUGCUGGUCUUUUCAGCAUCUUCGUUAGUUGAUUGCCAUUAUUAGAUGAAAAUCAUUGUGUGUUAUUAAUUAUUAACAACAUUAUUUACACUAAUAUCAUGAUCUUGAUUCUUGUUUAUUCUUUUUAGUUCUUCUUUGGUAAUUAUUCAAACUUCUUUCUUUUACAGUAUAAUUGAGGUGGUCAUGACCACUUAAAUGAUAAGAGGAGCAUAUGUAAAGGGUACUUCCUUCAUGUGAUACGCAUUGGAUCGUGCUGAUGAUCAACUUGGCUUCUUGCACUACUAGUCUACUAGUUUUGUUAAUUAGUUGCAUGACUCUCCUUCUAUUCCCAUAAGUCUCAUUUUGUUUUCUUUGUUGCUCCUAGUGCCUCAUUAGGCUCACUUUCUAACUAGCCUCUUCAUAUUUUGAGCCUCAUGGAUUAGUGAAUAGGGUACCCGUCUUCUCUAAUGUAAUCAAUUGGUUUGGUUACCAAACCACCUGAGUGUUGAAGUUGAAAAAAUUGAAACUAGAGUU